GGAUUAUUCUUCCUUUUUUGUGUAAUUUAAAAUAAUUUUUAUUCAUUUACAUAGCGUCCCCGCGAUUAAGUAUGUAAUUAUACAUACUAAAAUUGAAAAGACGUAUUUUUUACAGGAGAUGGGGGAGAUCGGAAGGUUUUUCAAGACAACAUCAUGGAAGUCUGCGUCGAGAGUGUGGCAUCAGCAGUGGCGGCCGCUCAGGGCGGCGCCGCCCGCCUCGAAUUGUGCAGCGCCCUGUCGGAGGGUGGCCUCACGCCGUCGGUGGGCCUCCUAAAGGUCGUCAAGGAAAUGGUCUCAAUCCCGGUUUUCGUGAUGCUGCGUCCUCGCGCUGGCAACUUCACCUACAGCCCUGAGGAGGUCAGGAGCAUUCAAAUCGACGCCGACGCCCUCAUGCAGGCCGGCGCCGACGGCGUCGUCUUCGGCGCCCUCACCACCGACGGCGCUGUCGACGAGGACGCCUGCAGCAAAGUGAUCAGCGUGCUGCCUGCAGGCACGCCCAUCACCUUCCACAGGGCCUUCGACUGGGCCAAGGACCCGCUUGUUGCUUUGGAGGACGUCAUCAAACUCAAGUUUCACAGGAUUUUGACCAGUGGGCAGGCUGCAACUGCAAAAGAAGGAGUCGAUUGUCUGCAAAAGCUAAUCAACCAGGCGGAAGGUCGCAUCAUUAUAAUGCCGGGGUGUGGCAUAGACUCGCAAAAUCUUCAGUUCAUCCUGGAGAAAACAGGUUCGGUAGAAUUUCACGCGUCGGCAAGACGCAGCCAGCUUGUGCAGGUCCACCACAAUCCAAGUUGCGGUAUGGGCACGCAGGAUAUCAAUGUUAAAACAACCGACGUCGGCAUGGUCGAACAGCUGGUACAGAUUUUUAAGUUUCCAAAAAGGAAAAAUACUUUUUGAUUAGAGAAAAAUGAGACUGCUCUGAUUGCCGAAUAUAUUUAUAUAUAUACAUUUAUUCUAUCUUUGUUAUCGCUUUUGAUGUUCAAUUAUUUUUGUUGGAUUUCGUGAUAAGUUUUUCCGCAUGAAUUUUGUACCAAAGUUAUUUUCCUCCUGUAAACGGGGCAAAAGAACUGAUACUGUAAAUAGCCAAUAAAAUGAAGUAUUUAUGUAAUGAGAAAA